AUGAUGCCUCAAAUUAAAGUCUCAAUCGCGUUUCUUUUACUUUGUGCUAUCGUUCAAGCUCAAGAAUCAUUUUAUGCCGGCCGCAAUGGACGUGGAUAUCCUCUUAUUGAGAAACUUGUUGAAAUUUCACGUGAACAAAUCUUACCGCUCAAGACACGUGGAGAUUUAACACAUGUAAGAAGAUUACUAGCAAUGCCUCCAAACACAGAACCGCCAUUUUCGGUGAUUAACAGGGAACACUAUGAAAAUUUAUAUAAUCAUCCAACCACCUGGCCUAUAAGGCAGAGUGAUUUCGUAGAUCCAGUUCAUGGU